UAGUGAUGGAGAGAGGGGGAGAGAGAGAGGCAGGAGGCGCGCGCGAGAGAGAGGGAGGUUGACGGUUGCUAGGUGACGAGGCGCAUAUACUGAAUUUUAACAAAAGAGCGGAGAAAGAAGGAGGGAGAGGGUGAUAGAGAGAGAGAGAGAGAGAGAGAGAGCUCGCGAAAAUUGAAUACAUGUAGAAAAUGUAUUUCUAGGUGUAUUUUCCUCGGAGAAUCCGCAAAAAGGAUACCUCGAGUGGAAUGAUGUGAAGAGAAUGGAGGACCGAAAGGAGAUUGGGGGGACAGGCGCGUGAAAACACAGCUUUCUCUAUUGGUGGACUCUUAUUUGGCCUCCUCAUUUGUUGCCAUGGUCACAGUACCCACCCUUUCUCUGCUGUUGACCCUGGUAGAAUGGGUGGGGCAGACCAGCUCCUCCCCUCAUCUCUUGCUCCGCCCUCGAGAGCGUGAACGUGACCCGGUGGCAUCAAUGCACUUCAACAUCGCAGUGAUCCAUGCGGGCUCAACAGUAACCCAGCAAGGGGAAGCAGGGGCCGCAGCAGCUGUGGGAAGGGUGCCAUACCCAGGCUUUGGACGUGUGCACAGCAGCUUUGGUGAGAGCGUCGUCACCCAAUGGGGAUCUGCAAAUGUAAUCUGGCUCCAGGUGAAUGACAGCAGCCCCAGGACAUUGCUUUCUCAACUAUGUGACCUGCUGACAGCCAGGCCCCUUCAGGGACUUGUGUAUGAAGAUGAGAGACCCCUUCUGCUGGCCUCCGGCCCCCUCGCACCCAUGCUGGAGUUUGUCUCGGCCCAGACUGGCCUCCCCAUUGUUGCUGUGGGAGGGGGAGCGGGUCUGGGCAGGGUACCACAGGAGACCGGCUCAAUCUUCCUGCAGUUCAGCUCCUCCACCGCACUGCAACUGGAGGUGAUAUUUGAGGUGCUGGAGGAGUAUGAUUGGACGGCCUUCUCAGUGGUGUCCACACGUCACCAUGGCUACCAGGACUUCCUGUCGGUGGUGGAAGGUUUGACCGAUGGGUCAUUCAUCGGUUGGGAGAAGAAGAGCAUAGUGAUGUUGAAUUUAACCGAUGACCCGGGAGGAUCACGCACGCGCCGGCUGCUGAAAGAGAACGAAGCACAGGUGCGGUUGUUGUACUGCUCUCAGGAGGAAGCAGAACAGGUGUUCCAUGCCGCUUGGGCAGCUGGUCAGGCCAGUGCCUCCCACAUAUGGUUUGCAGUGGGUCCAGCUUUGUCCGAACUUGGCCUGAAUGGACUGCCCAGUCGCCUAUUUGCGGUUAGGCCGCAGGGCUGGAGGGACGAGCCCCGCAGACGCAUCGCCCGUGGGGUGUCCAUCCUUACACAUGGAGCUGUUGCCCUGCGCAAGGACUAUGGAGCCACUGGAGGGCCACACUUUGUCACCAACUGCCAGACGGACGGGAACAGAACACAAAGAAUUCGUGGUAGAAUGAAGUAUUUCGGUAAUAUCACUCUUGGUGGGCGGGACUAUUCUUUUAAUAAUGAGGGCUACCUGGCCAAUCCCUUUCUGGAUGUCAUCGCCUACACGCCUGGAAGUGGCUGGGAAGACGUAGGAUGGUGGGAGAACGGGGUGCUGCGUCUGAGAUACCCUGCUUGGUCCCGCUACGGGCCGUUUCUACAGCCACUCGAUGAUGCCCAGCACCUGAGGGUUGUGACCCUGGAGGAGCGUCCCUUCGUUAUCGUGGAGCUUGCAGACCCUUCCUCUGGCACCUGCAUUAGGGACUCCGUGCCAUGCCGGCGGCCUCUCAAUGCCACUGCACUUCAGGAAGGGGUGGCACCCAUGAAACAGUGCUGCAAGGGCUUCUGCAUAGACAUCCUCAAGCGAUUGGCCAGAAUUGUGGGCUUCACAUAUGACCUCUACUUGGUGACCAAUGGGAAACAUGGGAAAAAGAUUGACGGAGUUUGGAAUGGGAUGGUGGGAGAGGUGGUGUACAAGCGGGCAGACAUGGCGAUCGGCUCCCUCACUAUCAAUGAGGAGAGGUCGGAGGUCGUGGACUUCUCUGUGCCCUUUGUGGAGACGGGCAUUAGCGUCAUGGUUUCUCGUAGUAAUGGAACCGUCUCUCCUUCUGCCUUUCUUGAACCCUACAGCCCUGCUGUGUGGGUGAUGAUGUUUGUAAUGUGCCUGACCGUUGUGGCGGUGACCGUUUUCAUCUUUGAGUUCUUCAGUCCUGUUGGGUACAACCGCAGCCUUCAGAGUGGCAAGAAGGCAGGAGGUUCUAAGUUCACAAUAGGGAAGUCAAUCUGGCUUCUCUGGGCUCUGGUCUUUAAUAAUUCUGUUCCAGUGGAGAACCCCAAAGGAACCACUAGUAAGAUCAUGGUUCUUGUUUGGGCUUUCUUUGCUGUCAUCUUCCUGGCUAGCUACACUGCCAACCUGGCUGCCUUCAUGAUCCAAGAAGAAUACAUUGACACUGUGUCUGGCCUCAGUGAUAAAAAGUUUCAGCACCCAACGGAGCAGUACCCCCCUCUGAAAUUUGGAACGGUCCCAAACGGAAGCACAGAGAAAAACAUCCGCAGCAACUAUCCAGACAUGCACCAGUACAUGAUCAAAUACAACCAGAAAAGUGUGGAGGACGCCAUCUCGCACCUCAAGACUGGCAAGCUGGAUGCCUUCAUCUACGAUGCGGCUGUGUUGAACUACAUGGCCCGUAAAGAUGAAGGCUGUAAAGUGAUGACCAUCGGCUCAGGGAAAGUAUUUGCCACGACAGGCUACGGCAUCGCCCUGAUCAAGAACUCGCGGUGGAAACGGCCAUUGGAUCUGGCCUUACUGCAGCUGGUGGGCGACGAUGAGAUUGAGAUGCUAGAGCGUCUCUGGCUCUCAGGGAUCUGUCAUAAUGAUAAAAUUGAGGUAAUGAGCUCCAAAUUAGACAUAGACAACAUGGCUGGUGUGUUCUACAUGCUGCUGGUGGCCAUGGGCCUGAGUCUGCUGGUCUUUGCCUGGGAGCACCUGGUGUACUGGAGGCUGCGGCACUGCAUGAGCAAAAUGGGCCAGUCUGGCAAACUGGACUUUCUACUUGCCUUCAGCAGGGGAAUGUAUAGCUGCUGCAGUUUUGAGGAUGAAACAUCACAAGUUGGGUCCAAAGUCACAGUUCCUGCCCACCACCACACUGCCAUGAUUCCCGCUUCUUCUUCCUCACAUGUGGUCACUUCAGCUGGAUCCAAUCCAGCUAUUGCCCUGGUGCAGCAACAGCAGCAGCCACAACCACAGCAGCCUCAGCCUCCUCAGUCUUACAAAACACCUCUUCCAGGAUCCCCUCCUUCAAUUGUUCAUUCUGGAGCGACCUUGGGUCCCCCAAAUACUCAACUUUUGGGAGCUCCACUACCAUGCAAUACUUUCUUACCCAGGCCUGAUCGCAGGCUGGCGGUUGUGGACCGCUGGAGACUACCCAAAACCACUAGUGUGACCACUUCCAUGGGUGUGAGAGGAGCCCUAUCAGAAACAGGCCCUUUACCUCAAAAGGUGGCACCUACCUGGGUAGGUGGUGGAGGUGCUGGUAGUGGCCUUGAUGGAUAUAAGCGCUACUAUGGACCUAUUGAUCCUGAGGGACUUGGGCCAUGUGUGGACCAACAGACAGGUUCUCAAACUCCAAAAACAGUCCCCAGAGCCAACCAACAAUCUCCACAAACUAGUGUGGCUUUCUACCAGGAGAAGGGCAUGGACCAUGGCAUGGGAAAGAAGUUGGGAGUGGGUACUGGUGGAUGGGGUCAGGGUAGAGGGGUUAAAUCUCUGGGGACUCCCAGGCUGCCCCCUAAAAUCCAGGCCCCAGCCCCAGCCCCAGCCCCGCUGACACCUAACCCCCCACUGCAGCACCCCUCUCCUCCUCUCCCUUCAUCCUUCUGGAGAAAACGGCGUCCAAAAAAGCCCAAAGAACAUGGAGGCCCAUUGUAUGAGAAUAUUCUGCCACUGGGCCGGAGAGGUGGAGGCAGGGAAGCAAGUCGAAUGCCGAGACCCUCUCCUCCUCUCCCCAUCCCUGUGCCUGUCACACUUUCCCCAUCCUACACUCCUCCAUCCCCUUCCCCUUCACUCCCCUACACCUCAACAUCAACCUCCUCAUCCACCACAAGCUCCUCAACCACAUCUUCAGUCACAUCUUCACGCUCAACCUCUCCAUCAUCCACUUCCACUGCUUCAUCUCGCAGCACCCAAGACAGAGAAGCUGAAGAAGAAGAUGAGGAGGAUUUGGACGAGUUGACUGAGGAGUCAAGUCUUCUGCAGGGCCACAACAGAAAUAGGGACAGAGAGCAAUCCAUUCUCUCCCCCAGAUCUUUCACUCAUGGCCCUCCCCCUCCUAUACCCCCACGCAAACCAUGGGGAACUUUUGGAGAUAAGGAACAAAAGAAGGGCAGAGAGAGAGAGAGGGGUGGCAGCCAGUUAGCACAGCUCCAGGAGUGGUGGGCAGGAUGGGCAGAGAGAGAGCGAGACAGGGAGAGGAGUGGUGGAACCCAAGAAGAUGCAGAGAGUAAAAGAGAGAAAAAGCACAGAAAAGAGAGGGAAAAGGAGAAAAAGAAAAAGAAGAAGAAGAAAAGCAAAAAGCGAAAAAAGAGAGAGGAACGUGAAAGGGAGAGAGAAAGGGAUAGGAAACGUCGCAAGGUAAAAAAGAAGAAAAAGAAGGCAAUGAAAAUGAAAAAGAAGAAGAAAGUGUCAUCCAGCAAACGAUCAGAGCUAGAGGAGGGUGAUGUAGAGGCAAAGAGAGAAGGAGAGGGGGAUGGGGAUAGAGAAGGAGAGUACUCCUCCUUUUCCACUCAGUAUCACAGCACAUUUGUGGACAAAGUUAGCCUCUCAGCCUGGGAGGGAGAGAGAGAAUGUGGGAGGAGAGAAGGAGCUGAGGAGGAGGGGGAUGAAAGAGAGGAGGAGAGUGGGGGAGAUAGAGGUAGAGAGAGGAGACCAAAAAGCUCCUGUUCACAACAUCGGCCAUCAAGUAAACACUAUCCCAACCUCAAUAAACUGCCCUCAUCAGUCAAAUUUUGGGUCAGUGGAGGAGAAACAGGGGGCAUGGAGGCCUUGGGACCCUCCCCUCCCUCCUCUUUACACGCUCUCCUCUCCUCUUCCAAAAGACGGAGGAACAGUGGCAUAGACAAAGAGCCAGGAGGGAGAGUUGGAGAGCGUAGGCCACUGCUUCUCCACUAUGAAAGGGGGCGAUUAAACACCAGAGAAGGCCUGUCCUUCCAUGAAUGGGAUUCUGAGGAUGAGGAGGACGAUGAUGACGAGGAAAGAGAGAAGGAACGAGAAAGGGAGAGAAUAGAGGAGAGAGUGCGACGGGCAGGUGGUAGAGGUGCAGUGUCAGAGUCUGAGCGGGACAGAAUAAGGGCAGAAGAAAGCUUUUCUGAUGAAGGUUCCUCAGGAGAGUUUGGCCGUUUUGAGAGAUACUGGGAAGAAAAAGGAGUGGGUGGAGCCAGUGGAAUAGGGGGUGGGGGCUGGUUUUUUGGGACAUACCCUGCCCGAGAGAAAGGUGGUAGUAUAAAUAGCCACGAUGACUCCAUUCUGGGUCGGGCUGAAGGGUGGGGUCUGGGAGGUGAUUUUUGGGGUUCAGGUCCAGGGGCUGGAUGGGGGUCUGGAGGAGGCAGUGGGGGGCUGGGGUCACAGUGGCCACCCCCUCCCACUUCUCUACCACCCCCACGACGCUACUGGUCAGUGGACAAACUGCAGAUGAAGGGUGAGAAGCGUGACCGCAGUGGAUCAAAGAGCAAAGGUCAGAGGUCUCGAGACAGAUUGCAAGACAUGACAUGUACAUGUACACAAUAUGGGCAUGGUAGGCCCAAUGUACACCCUAAACACAGCAGUGCUCAGUCCCACAGUCAGGAGGAUCUGCUUCCUCACUGCCACAGCUUCAGUGGAGGCUCUCAGCCCAAACCACCUCCUAAACCUGACAAAUCCAAAUCUGGAAGCCAGUCCAACCUAAGCUCCCAGCAAGCCCAGCUCUCAGAACACAUACCCCAACCAUCACCCUCCCCACCUCAGCCACACCUGCCCUCAAAACCUGUACCGUCUGCUCCCAACUCCCUACCCAUGCCCAUUCCUCCACCUCCAUCCUCUGUAUCUAUGUCCCCUCCACCUCUACUCUCCCCCGGGGGUGCAUCAGGCUCCUCCCAGGCAGCCACCGCCAGUGCUAAGCUUCAGUACCAGAGACUUCGGUCUGUACCCCAGCCACGGCGAUUCUAUUCCCCCCACCUGCCACUUAAAGCCAAGAGCUUGUGCUCACGGCGUGGUUCUGCCCAUUUUUCCAGCCUAGAGAGUGAAGUAUGACACGGGGCUUCGCUGCUGCGCAUGUGUGUAAGCUCUACUUUGAAGCGCAGCUGGAGUGUAAUGCACAUACAUGCGCCGCACCAAGACGAGAAAAACGUCCACGAUAGUGACCAGAGUUGCAAAGAAACAACAGUCAGUGCAGGGAAUGGCUCAACAGAAUCUGCCACGGUCACAAUGGAUACUCCAGUCGUGCUCCAUCUUCGCUCUGAGCUGAGUAUAAUGAUGUCCUCCGUGCUCCUCUCCUCCAAUGAGAACAGUGGAUAACAAAUGUCUGGAAUUUUGUGAGUAAUGAUGUCAUGUUUACACAUAUACACUCCCUCAAACAAGGAAAAUACAUUAUUGCAUCGUCCACAUACAACAUGAGUUCAUAGGCAUCAAAUACUGCUGUGGCUCAAACUGGCUAUUCAGUUUAUUUACAGAUGACUCAAAAUGAAUCUAUAGUCAAUCUGAAUGCAGUCUUGCAGAGGCUCAGAUGAUCAGCAUCCACUCAAUGACUGAAAAAGUGUCUCUAUGGCAGUCUUGAUGCACAUAGAUACAGAAGUCCCCUUCUUUGUUUUUGGUUGUAUUUUUUUUAUUUUUGUAUGACACAUGCAACAGUGAUUUUAUCAAGACAUGUUUGUGUUGGAAAAUUAUUAAUUGAAAUUUGACCUCAAAGUAAACAAGAGUAAGCUGUCACUUUUCCUGUAUUUCUACAGCAAGCUUCAGUCAAUCAGAAUCCACAUGGAUUUUACCCAUCAGAACUUUUGUUGUCCUUUCAGAACUCUUAUGCCUUGGUGUCACUUUGACAUCAAAUAGAGGUUAUGUUAUGUUUUAAAGAGACACACUUAAGAACACAAACAAUACAAAAAAUGUAGCAAUUUUCCUGUAUCAUUCCUCUCCUGCUCUCUCUGUGGUCGUAUUUUAACAAGAGGGUAAACUAGCUGUGUCUGAUGUUAAAUAGUGGGAUUAUAGAUGUGAUGGCAGUUUUUACAAAAUUGUUGUUUGUUUGUUUUGAUAACAGAGUUAUCAAAUUAUCACAACUAGAUCCCCAGCACUGCCCAAUGUGAUGGUCCUUUCUUUGCAAACAAGCAAUACUUUCUUUCAUCAAAUGAUGAUGGGUUGCAAUAUUUAUGAUUGGCACUAGUUGGCUACAUAAUAUAAAAAAAAUGUGUGUUAAUGAUUUGAAAUGGUGGACCAUUGUGGAUUGUGCUUGCUUGUUUAUUUGCUUCUUAAUCUUCACGCAUUACUAUAGAUCUCAAACAGACAACUGUGACGGUUUCUGUGAUGGUUUGGGCAGUUUUACUGAGUGUUUAAAAGAGCAGAGGCUGUAAUUAUCACAGAUUGUGCAUUAUCAAGUCAAGACUACUUCCAGUGCAGAGUUGCAUGUAAUAAAGCACAAGUUGCUGGCUCUCGCCAGUGCAAACAUUAUCAUAUGAUAAUGAAGACUUGAGGACAAAUAUAAUGCUAAGCUUUUUUUAGCUAAAAGCCUCAGACAGACAGCCUAAGACAUUCAAUAUAAUUUAGUUUUGGCAAGAUAAAUGAUGUCAAUUAUCAUGUAAAGAAAUUCAGUUUUUGAUAACCUAUUUGACGUCAGGCACCGCUUAUUUGCCCAUGUUGUAGUGGAAUGUAGCUUUGAAAUGAUUUAGCAAAAAGUAGCAUUCUGGAUACAGUUACUCAUCAUAGAAAGUGAUAAUUAAACUUUAAUUCUGGGGGGCAUAGAGGGCUUGUACAUUUUGGCAUAGAUCAACAGAUUUGAUCACCAUUUAUUUGAUACAAUGCUUCACAAGGAAUAAGUGAUGUUUGCCUCCCUUUCAUAUCUUGUUCCUUUAACCACCUAUGGAAGAUUUUUUAUCAUUUGCAAUGAAAUUUAGGGCUUUUCCACAUUUUUAAGACCCACAUGUCAUCGCACGAGUCGAGAAAUAACAAGCUCAGGUAUUGAAUCGCUUAAUCCCCUGGCUCAGCGUUUCUUGCAAUGCCAGGAAUACGGGUGCGUCAGCGAAAAGUCUACCGCACCCGGCAUUAGAAGCAUGGUGGGGGCAGGGAGAUGGAUGUAGAAUGAUUGAAUUAAUAUUGUGUGCUGUUGUACACUUGAUCUGUCAUUGACCCUUACUGAGUGAGAAGGCGCUAACACAGUACACUGUGACUGCAUGUACAGAACAGACUUAGAAUUCCCAUGUAGCUUUUUUUUUUUAAAACAAAAAGAAAUAUUACCUCUAUAUACUGUUUUUUGAGAAUAUAUCAUGUUAAACUGUGAAUUGACUUAGAUAUUUUAUUGCCCAUUGUAUUUAGUUUUCAUUG